GGUGUGGUAGUGAGGAGAAGAACAGAAACAGAGUUCCCCUUACAAAAUGUAAUUAAAUUUACUUUUAUAAUGUCAAGUUGACAUGUGAUUUUCUUAUAGCUCACUUCAUCCACAACUUGCAGCACAUAUACUUAUAUAAAUUUCUGGUGAAUGAAUUACUAAUGGUAAAGAAGCUAAUUCUGACCUUCUAAUCAAAGAAGACACUAAUUAAAGAUGGGAAUAUGCAGAAAUAUGGGUACCCAACCAAGAGUGCAGAGAAGUCUAGGAGGAAACAGAGCUGCAAUUUUUGUAUAUGCUAUGGAAGGGUUAGAGAACAUGGCUUUUGUUGCAAAUGCAGUGAGCCUAAUAACUUACUUCCUUGGAUACAUGAACUUGAGCUUAACAAAAUCAGCCACAACACUUACCAACUUUAUGGGAACUGCAUUUUUACUACCACUCAUAGGUGGAUUCAUUUGUGAUACCUAUUUGUCUAGGUUCAAAACUUGUGUUCUGUUUGCAUGCAUGGAAUUGUUGGGAUAUGGUCUCCUAACAUUUCAAGCACGUUUCCAACAAUUAAGACCCAUUCCUUGCAAAAAUGUAGCAUCAAUUGAUACAAACCAAUGUGAAGCUGCUACUGGAGGCCAAGCUGCUAUACUCUAUACAGGACUCUACCUUGUUGCAUUAGGAACAAGUGGUGUUAAAGCAGCUUUACCAGCCUUAGGAGCUGAUCAGUUUGAUGAUAAAGAUCCAAAAGAAGCAGCUCAACUAUCAAGCUUUUUUAACUGGUUCUUGUUUAGCCUUACAUCAGGAGCAAUACUUGGUGUUACUUUCAUUGUUUGGAUUAGUGCUAACCAAGGAUGGUAUUGGAGUUUUACCGUUUGUACUAUAGCUGUUUUAUUCUCAAUUAUUUCCAUUUGCAUGGGAAAGUCAUUUUACAGAAAUAAUACUCCAAAGGGAAGUCCUCUAAUUAGAAUUAUACAGGUAUUUGUGGCAGCCUUUAGAAACAGAAAACUCCAAAUUCCAGAGGAUGCAGAUGAAAUGCAUGAGAUUCCUGAAAAAGAAAGAGGGGAGAAUAAUGAAAUCCUUAAAAGGACUGAACAAUUCAGAUUCUUGGACAGGGCAGCAAUUGGUAGAGUUAGUACAGCAGUAACAGCAUCCACAGGGUCCUGGAAUCUUUGCACAGUUACACAAGUAGAAGAAACAAAAAUCCUAAUCCGAAUGCUACCAAUAAUAUUGAGCACAAUAUUUAUGAACACAUGUUUAGCACAGCUUCAAACAUUCAGCAUACAACAAAGCACCACAUUGAACACAAACAUCAUGGGAUUCAAAAUGCCAGGACCCUCUCUUCCAGUGAUCCCUCUAUUGUUCAUGUUUGUCCUAAUCCCUUUAUACGACCGGUUUUUUGUCCCGCUCGCUCGUAGAAUCACAGGUAUACCAACCGGAAUUCGACACCUUCAAAGAAUUGGAAUUGGAUUGGUUCUCUCAGCUGUAUCCAUGGCAAUUGCUGGUUUUAUUGAAACGCACCGCAAAUCUGUCGCCGUCAAACACAACAUGGUGGAUAGCAUAGAGCCUUUACCAAUGACUGUGUUUUGGUUGGGUUUUCAAUAUGCUAUUUUUGGAGCUGCCGACAUGUUUACACUUGUUGGGCUACUAGAGUUUUUCUAUGCAGAGAGUUCAGCUGGAAUGAAAUCACUUAGCACAGCAAUUUCUUGGUGUUCUGUUGCAUUUGGUUAUUUUACAAGCACUGUGGCUGUUGAGGUUGUUAACAAAGUGAGUGGAGGCUGGUUGGCAAGUAAUAACUUGAAUAGAGACAAGCUUAACUAUUUUUACUGGCUUUUGUCUAUCAUAAGUGUUGUAAACUUUGGAUUUUACUUGAUUUGUGCCUCUUGGUAUAGAUACAAAACAGUGGAGGACAAACAAGGUGAUUCAAAAGAGGGUGUUACUGUUGACAUAGCUAAGGUUUGAUUUAGACUACUAGGCCUACAUAAUCAACUUGUAAUUUAUAUACUUAUAUUCAUGCAUCUCUGCUUGUGGAAACUAGCUAAACCUGCAUAAAAAGAAUUAUAAAUAAACUUGAUUUGAUAAACUUAACUCCCUUCACAACAAACUUGAUUUUAUUACCAUUGUUAAUGCAAGCUGCUUUAAGGGAGUAUAUAUUUGGGUGUGGAUGAUGGUAGGAAACUUGGGUAUUAUGAGGUGUCCAACAGUCCAAGUGCUUGGAUACUCGUCAAGUGACUGUCAUGGACACAAACCAAGGCAUCGGUGCUCACAGUUUGUAAGAAGGAAUAGAUUACAGUAGCUCUAGUCUUGGCUGAAGCAGAGCGUGAGAUGGUGUGUCAGUGUAGCAAAGGAAUUGCAACUCCACAAUGUAAAUUAUUAUAAGCCUGAUGCAACAGUAGUAGUGAACUGCAUAAAUUCUGAUUGUGUUGUUGCUGCCAUUGAGCAGAAAGGGACUAUAUCAGCUUGAUAAUGUUGUCACUCACACUACGAGGCAAAUGAAUGUUGAAGCUCACAGUUUGGUUGGGAUAGCAAAUAAAGUUGGGUCCAAACUUGGUUGGGUAAUAUUCUGCUACUUGUUCUGUUACCUAGUCUAGAACUUUUAUUUCAAAAAAAUAUAAAUUAGCUCUUGCUUCUCA